AUGAGAUCUCUUGCUGAGCUUGCUGCAAACUUAGAGGGCUUGGAAUACGACGAUGUUCUUGUGCAAGAGUAUAAGGACAGCUACAAUGCUAUCAUAAGAACAGAAGAUCCUGAAGCUAUUGAGAAGCUCAUGAGGGAAAACCCAAAGUAUUUCUUAUGCAUUGCUCCUCUCCUGGUUGGGUCUUGGUUUAUGCUCCAUAGAUUCCAGGACAUCUACAAUCUACUGUGUGAGAUUGACUUGCUAGGGCAAGAUAGACAUCUUGAUUACUUCAAUGGAAAGCUUAUAAAGUAUUACUAUCAGAGUCUUAAAUUCUUAGGAAAGCCCAUCGAUCAUUUGUACACUAUUUUGAGUACCAACAAGGAAUAUGGAAAUGAAUAUUCCAUAGCCGUAGCUACUAAUGCUAUUCUGGAUAGUCAGAUUAACAACCACAUCUAUACGGUUCUUGAGGAUAAUGUUUCCGACUCUGAAGAGAGAUGCAAGUACUGUUUCUAUCUUGGGAUAAUCCAUUUAGUGUGGGGCGAGUACGUCACAGCCCUGAAACACUUUGAUGAAAGUGAUAUCCUUAAUAAUAGUAAGAAAAUGGAGCUGUAUAUUAAGAAGUACACCAUUGUUUGCAAGUUGUUGCUCAGUGAUUAUUCGGUAUUCUAUCCCUAUGAAGAAGAGCUGAAACCUUACUUCUCUCUUAUUGGAUGUGUAAAGAGAGGAGAUAUUGAAACAUUCUACAAGCUUAUUGAAGAGCAUCGUGAUGAGUACUUUAAGAUGAAUCUAUAUUUUGUGGUUAGAAGACUGGUACAGAAUCUUGUUCAAGAAGGGCUUAGGAAGAUAACAGUCUGUUACUCCAGAAUCAGGGUAGAUGAUAUCAGUAAAAUACUUGGUGUUGACGUUGAUUAUUUGAUUCAUAAGACAAUUAAAGAAGGCUAUGUCCGGGGAUAUGUUGAGUAUGGAAUAUUCUACAGUCAGAACGGUGAUUUUUACAAGACACAUUGUGGAGAGCAAAUAAAAAAGGCCAUUGAAGUUAGAAAGAGCAUUGAAAAGAAAAUGAAGUAUCCAGAAAUAGUGCCCCUGUGCUAUGAAAAAGUAUUUGAAGGUGAGACUAAGCAAGGAUUGUGA